CUUUCGCGCAAAAACGGAAUCGCAUCUGAGUCUGAGCAUGUAAGAAAAGGAAAGGAAUAACGUUGUCCUCUGCUAACCGUUCACCUUCGGCUUUCUCUCUCUAUACAUAACGAAUAACGCAGUGCCGGUUGGAAAGAGGGGGAGAGAGAGAGAGGGACUGAGUGAGUGAUGGCGUAAAAGGUUUUAUCUGCUUGUGUUUUAGAGCUGUUUCUCUCUCUUACUGAUUGCACAUCGUCACUGUUGUAGUUGUUGGGGCAGGAUAUAGGAAAGGCAUAGUGAGGGAUUUAAGAGGAGUUGUGUUGAUUUUUUUUUCUAGAAAGAGAAAGUUUUUAACAUAUUUGGAUGGGGACUUCAGGUCAGGGGCAGAGCAACUACGAUCUGUCGUUCAAGAUCUUGCUCAUCGGAGAUUCCGCUGUCGGCAAGAGUAGCUUGCUCAUCAGCUUCAUUUCCAGCGCAGUUGACGAUCUUUCACCCACUAUUGGUGUUGAUUUUAAGAUCAAGUUUCUCACAGUUGGAGGUAAAAGGUUGAAGCUAACAAUAUGGGACACAGCUGGACAAGAACGGUUCAGGACAUUAACGAGUUCAUAUUACAGAGGUGCACAAGGGAUCAUUCUUGUCUAUGAUGUAACAAGGAGAGAUACGUUUACCAACUUAUCUGAUGUGUGGGAGAAAGAGUUGGAGCUAUACUCCACAAAUCAGGAUUGCAUCAAGAUGCUCGUUGGAAACAAAGUCGAUAGAGAAUCCGAACGAGUUGUGAGCCGAGAAGAAGGGAUGACCCUGGCGAAAGAGCUUGGAUUUCUAUUCUUCGAAUGUAGUGCUAAAACUUGUGAAAAUGUGGAGCUAUGUUUUAAAGAGCUCUCCUUAAAGAUAAUGGAGGUUCCAAGACUGCUGGAAGAAGGUUCAACAGUCGUCAAGAGAAACAUCUUGAAACAGAAGCAAGAGCAGCAAACACCCUCCGGUGGCGGCUGUUGCUCGUAGAUUGAACUUCAAUCCAUCGAUCGACAUAUUUAAUUGGUGUUGGCAUUUAUGUAAAUGAUAGUUUGUAUCCUUUCCCCAGUGGUGAUGGAAUUAUCCGAUCAGAUCCGACACGGAAGGCCCUGUAAUUAAAUUUACCAGCCCCCAGUUUGGUGUUGUGAUCUCUACAAUUCUGUUGAGAAUCCACCUGAACGAACUACGGUAAUUAUCCAAUUUACUAUUGCCUUUA